GAAUGCUUUAAGGGAAGCUGGGCCACUCACAAGUUAUUACACAAGAAAGCAAAAGAUGAAAAAGCUAAGCGUGAAGUUUCCUCCUGGACCCUGGAAGGCGACGUCAACACAAACCCCUGGUCUGGUUAUCGAUACACGGGUAAACUCAGGCCACACUACCCUCUGACGCCAACGAGACCUGUGCCAAGUUACAUUCAGAGACCAGAUUAUGCUGAUCACCCACUAGGAAUGUCUGAAUCAGAACAGGCUUUAAAAGGAACCUCUCAAAUAAAAAUACUCUCAUCUGAGGAUAUAGAAGGGAUGCGAGUAGUGUGUAGGCUUGCUAGAGAAGUAUUGGAUGUUGCUGCCAUGAUGGUAAAAGCAGGUGUAACCACUGAAGAAAUUGAUCACGCUGUUCAUUUAGCUUGUAUCGCAAGGAAUUGCUAUCCUUCCCCCCUGAAUUAUUAUAAUUUCCCCAAGUCGUGUUGUACGUCAGUGAAUGAAGUGAUCUGUCACGGAAUUCCUGACAGGAGGCCGUUGCAGGAGGGAGAUAUUGUUAAUGUGGAUAUUACUGUCUAUCGUAAUGGCUACCAUGGAGAUCUGAACGAGACCUUUUAUGUUGGAGAAGUUGAUGAGGGCGCCAGGAGGCUUGUCCAGACAACUUACGAGUGCCUAAUGCAAGCCAUCGAUGCAGUAAAACCUGGUGUUCGGUACAGAGAGCUGGGAAACAUUAUUCAGAAACACGCUCAAGCGAACGGGUUUUCAGUGGUUCGGAGCUACUGCGGACAUGGGAUCCAUAAACUUUUCCAUACGGCCCCUAACGUGCCACAUUAUGCCAAAAAUAAGGCAGUUGGAGUCAUGAAGCCUGGUCACGUAUUUACAAUUGAGCCAAUGAUCUGUGAAGGGGGCUGGCAGGACGAGACGUGGCCCGACGGCUGGACGGCGGUGACGCGGGACGGGAAGCGAUCGGCGCAGUUCGAGCACACGCUGCUGGUCACCGAGGGCGGCUGCGAGAUCCUCACCCGCCGCCUGGACAGCGCCCGGCCCCAUUUCAUGACCCAGGGGUAGUCUGGGCUGGCCAGGCACGCUGAACGAGACUCUGGGGUUUUGUCUCUGUACUAUGCAUUUUUUUUUAAGAGUACAGAAUAGAGAGAUUUCAUCAUUUAUUUUGUUCUCAGUGAUUGUAGAUGAGAGGAAUAUCUUGAAGAACC